AUGAAUUUGCUAAAGCAACAAAAGGAUCAAAAAAAUUUUAAAAUUAGUGUACUAUCUGAAUAUGCUACUCAUCAACAUAUAAUUCAAGUAAUGAAACUGAUUUUUUGGUUAACAUCUGAAAAUGUUCCUUUACAUAAACUUAAAAGUUUUAUCAAUUUUUCACGAUUUAUUGGAGUACCAUAUAUUAAAUCUAGUAAUGAUAAUGGUUUAAUGUAUGAUAAUCAUGCUACUAGUCUUGAAAUGUUAGAUGCUUUUGCUCAAACAAUUGAAGACAAAAUUUAG